CUGUCUCAGGCGUCGCGGGACCUUAACUGGACUUCUCAUUUAGCUUUUAGCUAGACCCAAACGGACUACAGGAUCCCGUAGCGUUUUCUUGCGGGUCCCCUUUUACUGUUCCCUGGGUAACAGGCCAUCAACAGUCGGACCAGCUUCCCCCAACUGCCUGCUUCAGCAAGUAAUGGAAGAUGGAAAAUAUGAAGGAACUGAUGACACAGAUGAGCUGCUCUGUACUGAUGCUGAAGGAGAGGAGGCCAGUGAUUUUCAUCUCGGCACAACUGUUCUCUGCCGAGACCACUGCGAUCUCCUGCUGGAUGCCAUCGAUGAUCAGCUCAGUCAGCUGCAGACUCGACGUCAUGGCCAAACAAAUGGAGGAAACGGCAAGACAGAGGAUAUUCUCCACGCAGUGCAUCUUGAAAGGAGUAAGUCUGUGAGUAAAGACACUGGCCUGGGCACUACCAACCCUCCCACUGAUAAAACAGUCUCCACGCCCGAUGGGUCAAUUUCCGAUCCCCUGGACAAGUGCACAGAGGCCAUUAGGAACAGAAUAGAGGAAAGAGGGCAGCAGGAAGGACACAAUGAGCAUUUUGGACUAUUUACUGCCACCUCCUGGCAGACAGUGGGAGCUGCAGGAUCAGGGGCCUCCAGGAGUGAGCAAUGUCUCUGGAGACUGGAACGACUGCUGGGAGCUACCGAUGGGGUAGCAGGGCAGGAGGCAGAAGAGGAGAGUGUGUGCACUGAGGACUUCAGCUCAAGAUUCAGAGAUGUGAUGCUGGAAGUCCCAGAACCAAGUGCAAAUGGAGCGGGAGUUCCCCUGAGGAGUUUGGACUUGGUUACCACAGACAGUGAUCUAGAUUCUGUGUGCAUGGAACGGGUUCAAAGGCAUACCCUGGACAACAAGACAGUAUGGGAAGGGUUGGGUCAGAAUGGAUCACGUGUGGGAAGGCCCAACUUAACACACACUCAACAGCAUGAAGAUCAAAUGAUCAGCUCUGAUGAUGAAGGGGAGGUGAAGGGUGAGUGUGUAAGACACUGCAGAAUGCUGAGCGUGCCAAACAGCAUUCAGCGAAGGAAGAAAAGGAACCAAAGCCAGAGGAACAACUCCACCCCCGCUACACCCUCUACAUCUUUUACACCCUCUACGCCUAGCAAAAGGAAACAGGAUGGCAAGCUUAGAAUGGAUUGUAGUGACACAGAAUUGUCACUUCUUGAACUUCACCAGAAAAAAGCAGCUGUGGUGCAGAUGGUGCAGAGUCUAAGGGUGGAGCUGGAACAGGCAGAGAGAGAGCGAAACACUCUAUACAUCAGCUUGUCUCACAGCAGAGCACACACUCAAGUCCUCCGGAGUGAGCAGCACAAGCUUAAGGUUCAGAGAGACUCCUGUGUUAAGGAGGCCAGGGAUCUGCAAGAGAACCAGGUUGCCUUACAAAAACAAGCAACCACUUGUAACCAUGGUGCCAGCCCUCACAGAACCACCCAUUACUAUGACUCCAGCCCUCAUAUAACUGGAUGUUACUAUGACGACAGCCUUCACAGGUGUGUAAAUAAGAGAUGUGUGGCAGCGUUGGAGAGGGAGGAAAUGGAUCGAUUGGUGGAUAGUGCCAAAUCGGAGCUCUUCUCAGAACAGCGGAGGUUCAGACACACACUGGACUGCCUGCAGGAGAGGCUGGAAGAGGUGACACAGGACUUGGAGCAACAGAAAGAGGUCAACAGAAAACUAAGAGAAAGAUGUUCCCAUCUGGAGGAGAAGCUGGCUACAGCUGACAAACACAGAGAAGAACUGCAGGACUCUGUGCAGAUUGAACGGGUGGAGCAGGGCAGGGUGGGGGCCCUCGAGAAGAUGGUUGCCCAGAAGGAGAUGCUACUGCUGGAUAUGCAAGAGGAGAAAAGCUCCCUUGAGAAGGAGCUCAGGGCCAACCGAGAGGAGCACAGCACUAAGCUGACUGCAGAGCUUGCACACCUGCAAAAAGAAAAGGAGCAGGAUAUUGAGCGGUUAAGGUCUCAGUGGACUUUGGCUCACGAGCAGGAGAUGCAGCUGGUCCAUCAUCAGGCACACGAGGCAAAAGUAGCAGCCCUCAGGGACCAAGCUCUUACACACACACGCAGCACUGAGUCCUUACACAACUGCAUCAAGAUCAAGGGGCAGGAGGUAGCAAGACUACAAGAGUCUCUAGAGCAGCAGCAGGUGAUGCUGAGGAGGCGAGAGGAGGAGCUAAAACGAGAGACUCAGGAGCAGGUAAACAGGGCAGUAGCGCGAGAGCAGAGGAAAUGGGAGAGGCAGAUGGCAGAGUCUCUCAGAGGGCAGCAUGGGAUACUGGAGGAGAGAAUGAAGGAGGUGGAGCGAGAGAGGAGGACUGCACUGACUCUGCAGAAUAAAGCCCUGGAGCUGCAGAGGCGUGUAGAGGAGUUGGAAAGGGAGGCGUCUGCACAGACAGCUGUGCUCCAGUCUCUCAGAGACGAGCAGCAGGCAGAGUUAGAGGGACUACGAACCCACCUGCUGAAGAAGGCUGAGAGCGAGGCCGUGCUCUUGAAACAGUGCGUGAAGCAUUCAGAGCAGGAAAUCCAAGACCUCAAAGCAGCGCUUGCGGAGUCUAGGCGGUGCCACCAAGGGGCAGCGGCGAGGCAGGAGCAGCAGAGCAGGAGCUGGGCUCAGGAUAUACGAAUGGAAUGUGUGUGGCUACAGGAGCUGCUGAGAGCCAAUGGCAUACCUGCAGACACUAAACCCCUCUCACACAGUGGUACAGUGAGUGAGACCCUGCAGGUGCUGCAAUUGCUCAGAAAUCCUCUCCAGGACCUCAUCACCAGCCUAAAAAACAAUAUCACCUCGCUUACGCACACCACCCAGCAGCUCAGUGCAGACAAGGAAGUAGAUCUGCGUCUGCAGAGAGAGCAACUGACAGCAGAGAAGGAGAGCGCUCUAGACUCUUUAAAGGAGAAACUCAUACAGGAGCAUAUUGAGGAGCUGAGCUGUGUGAGCAGGUUACGUCUGCAUGAGGAUGAUGAUGAUGGUGGCAGCAUGGCUGCGAAUCUCCGCAAGCAGUUGAAGGCUAAAGAUGAAGAGCUCAGGCAGGUGCAGAGGUACGUGGCGCAUUGGAAGGAGAAGACUACUGCACGACUCGCCCACAGGUUUGAGGAGGAGCUUACCUCUGAGCUGGAGAGAUGGAAGGUAGACUGGUUUAGGAGAAGAAGAACUUCCAGACCAAGAUCAGAGCAACAGAGGAGGCUGGAUCAGCUGGAAGGGGAAACGAGACACGUGACUGGGGACUGUUGUGACAACACAGAUGUGCACCCGGCCUCCGCUUCCUCUUCUAGUGUCCCAGACACACCCAGAAGCCAAGACCUGACCUCAUACAAACUGCUACGCCACCUCCAGUGCCGUAUCCGCCAGCUCCAGGCUGACAGCCAGAUACGCACACCCAGCCCUGCAUGCCUAAUCCAGGGCAGACAGGUCACGGACCUGGCCGGGUCCUACCUGGAGACGAUUGGCCCAGCACCAGAGAGUUGUGUCACAACAACAUUCCAAGAACAACACCCUGCUGAUGCCUAUGAAUGCUAAUCCUUGAACUUUGACCCCAUAUUACAUCCGUUGCCAAGCCUUUUCCAGAGAUCGUCAGGUUGCUCAUUUUUCAGUGAAGAUCGUUUUCUGCAGAUGUUUUAUAGCUGGACCGAAAAUAAAAGAACGAGGGAACAAAUGAGUGGUAAAAGGAGUGAUGGAGUUAAAACCCUUACUGUUUAAUGAUUCAGAUCAGAUCAUUUUUGUCUUCACUGUCCUGUAACAAAAAUCUGGCAUUAGUGUGACUAGGUCUGUCAUGAAUGGACCCGACUGAGCACAUUUACAUUGUCACAAGAAUCACUUCAGUGUGCCUUAACAACAUGCACUCCCAUGUUAGAAGUGGAGCUUAUCACUUAACUUAAAAUUGUAUUAAAUGUAACAGUGCCAAACUGUGGCAGAUGCAGCUUCCAGUUUUAAUAAAGCUCACAUAUAACUGCAUAAUGAGUCUCUGAAGGAUCCCUUCCUUAGCAACGACUCCACCUGUAGACUCCAUUUUCCCCUUUGGACCAAAUAUUACAGACCAUCAAAAAUAGUAACAAAAUUAGCUGAGUAUUUUUAUAGAGCGUGUUUUUGCUAAAUAAACACAAGUACUACAUUUAAAAAGCAUUAUGGUUUUUAAUAUAUAAAGGAAAAACAUAGAACUUUUUACACAGGCCAUUAAUGCUUUUGUCAUGGUGGUGGUUCAGGUAAGCAAAAUAAACACCCCCCCCUCAAAAAAAAAUAAAAAAUCCACAACCACCACCCUCAAAACAGGAAAACAAUGAGGAAUGAAAUGAAUAUCUAUGUGAUUUGCACUUACUGUAGGCCAAAGGUGAAGUACCAAGUUUGUACAUCACCUACUACAUAAAUGCUUGCCUUUUACCUCAUUAGAUCAUUUGGUGAGGAUGUAACUAAUGGUGCAUAUAUCAUACCACACAGAAACUCAUGCCCCAAAUGUAUUUUUCCAAAUGCAUCUGAACCUAAAAAUUGUACAGUAGCAAUGCAGCUAAUGCACUUCGACCAUGCAUUUAAUAAACUGUAAGGUCACACAACAUCCAGCAUGAGUGUUAAAGCCUGUUAUGUUGUCUAUAAAGCCCAUACGUUGCUGAGGAACAGCACUGCUGACGUUAUCAAGCAAAUAAUUAUCACUCAUUAUGUAUAACAAUCUUUGUCUGGACGUAUGGCUAAUGAGUAAGAGCUAAGCUUAGAUCAGUAAGGAGUAAUACUCAUUCUGGAGCGGGAAGGAGGUCUUCAUUUAGUCUAAAGACAAAAGCGAAGAUGUGAUAGUUGUUGCAAUGUACUACUGCCAGGCAUAGUCUAUGUAUUCUCUAUGGUCCUAACAUGUUAAAAUCUGUUUUGCUGAAAAUGAGUACUCAGCCAUGCUGUGAGACCAUGCUUCUAUGUGCAUAUUACAUGAAAGAGCAUUAUGGUCCCUGUUGCACAAAUUCAUUUCUGUGAUGACCAAAAUACUGGGAGGAAAAAAAAAAAAAAAAA